AGAAGAAGAAGCUUCCGGAAGUAGGUCGUGAGCGCCCAAGAACAAGUCCGGGGUAGUUACGGAGCUAGAGCUGAAUUUAUGCUGUUCGUGUGUUGAUUUUAACAGCGACACCUUGAUUCCAAGACGCUACUGCCGGGGGUUAAAAAGAAGAGUCUGCAGUGUUUGCGUCUGGUGUUUGACAUUGUAGGCUGGAGGUUUAAAGAGCCCUGCUGGGUUAGUUAUCACGCUUUUACUGCCUUCUACUGGGUGGCAGUGAAGUAACGUGGGAAUCUAAAGGGAUGGACCAGAACAACAGCAUACCAGCCUUCCAAGGGUUGGUGGCUUCCCCUCAGGGAGCCAUGACCCCAGGGAUGCCGCUCUUCAGCCCCAUGAUGCCAUACGGCUCUGGUCUGACACCCCAGCCAGUGCAGAACACCAACAGUUUGUCAAUACUGGAGGAACAGCAGAGGCAACAGCAGGCUCAGCAACAGCAGCAACAGGCACAACAGGCCAGCUCAGGGACGUCGGGGCAGACCCCUCAACUUUUCCACUCCCAGGCAGUGGGAGGCUCGACCACAACUGCACUGCCAGGAAACACCCCCCUCUUUACCACCCCGCUAACCCCCAUGACCCCCAUCACGCCGGCCACCCCUGCUUCAGAAACCUCUGGCAUAGUACCGCAGCUACAAAAUAUAGUAUCUACUGUAAACUUAGGCUGUAAACUGGAUUUGAAGACCAUUGCCCUGAGAGCCAGAAAUGCAGAGUACAACCCAAAGGUGAGCUGUGAUGUGAAGUUCCCCAUUCGGCUGGAGGGAUUGGUCCUCACACAUCAGCAGUUUAGCAGCUACGAGCCGGAGCUGUUUCCAGGACUCAUUUACAGAAUGAUUAAACCCCGAAUUGUCCUGCUCAUCUUUGUGUCUGGAAAAGUUGUACUCACAGGUGCCAAAGUGAGAGGAGAGAUCUACGAAGCUUUUGAAAACAUAUACCCCAUCCUCAAAGGCUUUCGGAAGACAACGUAGACCCUGCAUCUCUUCUUUUAUCAUCCCCACAACCCUGUUUCUAACAUUGUUUUUUCUUUUUUAAGCUUCACAUCAAGCAUCAGCCUUACGCUGACCUCUUCAUGUGGACAUCUGUAAGAGAUGUGCUACAAUGAAGUGAUUCCCUCACUUUUACUUUUUGUCCCUACAGUAUUUCAAGUUGUCUUAAAAGCAGGGUUUUAAGGAUUGUCUUUUCUGUGUUAUGAUCCCACAAGUUUCUAUAUUUAAAAGUCAGUUUAUUUCAUACACAUUUUAAGUCCUCUUUCGAUUGUACAUAAGAUUGUAAGAAAGUGUAAAAACUGCUAAUUAGAAAAGGGGCCGUCCUGGACUGUUUUAUUUUAUUUUUAGUUUUUUUGCAGUUAGUUUUCUACUUCUGGUUUUUAUUAAUUGCUCAUAUUUUAUUUUGACAUAAUCAGCUCUGUAAGCCCCAAAUCAGAGAGAGAGAGACUUCAAAACCGAAUUCGCCUACUUUGCAAAGGUAGAUUUCUUUCUAAAUUUAAGGCCAGUAAGUACAGCAGUUAUUGACAGUGAAUUCUCUUAAAGUUUGAAACACUUCAAGUUGAACUAAACUGAUCCAAAUCCUACGGCUUAAGUUGAGUAGUUCAUCAGUUUGGUUUCCUGUUGCAAUCCUGCUUAAUUCUUUGAUAGUUUGGAGUCGGUCUAAAAUUUUCUCUGGAGCAGAUAACAUGUUGUAAUUUUUGAAAGAAGUGUUUUAAUGCUCAAACUUUCAUGUGUAUGUACAUAUAGAAAUAUUUUUUCUACUGUAAAUAAGUGAUUCCGACCUUGAAGGGGAUGCUGCUCUGCAGAUAUUCUUUUUGUUUCUUUGACUAACAGGACAGCGUGUUUGUAAGAUCACUGGCAUUUAAGUUUAGCCAGGAUUGAAAUGUGACCUGCAAGAAAGACGCUAUUAGCUUUGAGUACAAGAAGCGGCUGCCAACCUAAUCCUGAAUUUACAUCUAGUGAUUGAUGGCAGGUAAAAUAUGCAUCACGUUGCUGCAUAUUUAUUAUUUUUAAUUUUAAUCAUUUGUUUUUGGCUAAUCAAACCUAUAUUUAAGGGUUUUUUUAGGUACGUUUUACAAACAUAGAAUAUAUGACUCUGUCCUGGUUACCAGUGAACUGUGCUCAGACACACAGCUGGGGGAAAAAAGCCGUUUAAAUGUGUUUUAAUUCUGGUCACGUUUUGAUGUGCUUGUGUAUCUCAUGCAGGUUCAGCUGGGCACAUCCUUCACACCAGUGUUAACAUGUAGUUCUUAACCAGUUCAGAAUAUUUGAUUGGCAGAUUGUUUGGUUCACAUGUUCAGUUAAGCCACUUUUAUCGACUGUAUGUAUGGAAAUCAAUCAGGAACCUGUCGCAUCUACAUGCUUCUUAAAGUGUUAAUGUACUUCUCAGUGCGUUAAUAAACAUGUACAUACGGAC